GACGGCACCUUUUCCCAUGACUUUAGUGAAUGUCCCGUAUUUCGCGCAGUUGUGUGCCGAAAUCCUCAAAGCCAUGCACACAGUGUUGACUCUAGCGUUCGCGGCGGCGAAUAUUUGGCCUUCGUGACGAAUGAACGACGCGCAUUUGACGAGGUCUCGACGUCUGAAGAAUCAUGGACACACGACGUAAGGUGGGAUGUGUGUGGGCUCUGCGGGGCUCGCUAUGCUUUACUUUGCCCAUCUCGCUGGUAGAUUAAUACUGGCCGAGCCUAUAUCAGGGCCAUUGUCCCUGGUUGCUUCCAAUCCUCUUUUCUCUCUUCUCAUUUCAACUUUCAGCCUCCAAUCCUCCAAUCCACUAUACCUCUACCUAACACACUUUCACCAUGACUUCAAACGGUGCCGCGAAUGGCCAUGCGAAGGGGCGCACACCUCUCCGACCGGGUAUCUACUCGCCAACCAUGACCUUCUUUGUCCCAGAGACCGAAGAGCUUGAUAUCCCCGCGAUCAAGAAACAUGCGGUUCGCCUUGCUGAAGCUGGGCUUGUUGGGCUCGUGACUAUGGGAUCAAACGGAGAAGCUGUCCACCUUUCGAGGGCCGAGAAGACUGCUGUUACGCGGGCAACUCGUGAAGCUCUUGACGAGGCUGGGUACAAAGAUGUGCCGGUUAUUGUAGGCGCCUCAGAAAAUGGCAUCAAGCUUACGAUCGAGCUGUGCAAAGAGGCCGAGGCCGCUGGCGGUGAAUACGUUCUCACAGUGCCUCCGAGCUACUACCGCUACGCGAUCGAUGAAGACGCCAUUGUCGAAUACUUUACCAAGGUCGCAGACGGCUCGCCACUUCCAAUCAUCAUAUACAACUACCCUGGAGCCGUUGCAGGGAUUGAUAUGGACAGCGAUCUUCUCAUCAAGCUUGCAAAGCACCCCAACAUCGUCGGUACCAAGUUCACAUGUGGUAACACUGGCAAACUCACUCGUGUUGCUCUUGCCACCAACGCAUGCACAGCCAAGAGCAACGGGAGCGGUUAUAUGGCAUUCGGCGGUAUCGCCGACUUCACAGCACAGACUGCUGCCAGCGGCGGGUCAGGCAUCAUCGCUGGCGGAGCCAAUGUCAUCCCCAAGACCUGCGUCAAGGUAUGGAACCUGUGGAAUGAGGGCAAAUUCGAGGAAGCAUUCGAGCUUCAAAAGAUUCUUAGCAAGGGCGACUGGGUACUCACAAAGGCGGCGAUCCCAGGCACAAAGUCGGCGAUCGAGUCUUACUACGGUUAUGGUGGAUACCCUCGCCGACCACUCAAGAGGUUACCGCAGGACAAGGUGGAUGCUGUCGCAGAGGCCAUCAAGGAGGUUAUGGAUAUUGAGAAGAGUUUAUAAGAAUGCCACAAGACUGGUGUGUCAAAUUACAAUACUCUCGUCAUUUCAAUUCUUGUGCUCUCAUGAUUACCUACUUCGAGUUCAGGCAUACAUCGUUAAUAGUUCCAAAGUUAUUCCGUUCUACAGCC